UACAGAUGAUGCAAAACUUGUUCGGCGAUCAAUCAGAAGAAGAGGAAAAGGAGGUGGAGGCGGUUGAAUCUGAGCGUGAAUCCAAUCGUCAACCUGAUUACGCCUCCUGUGCUAAGAGAAGUUUUGUGGGCGAUAAUGGUGAUCGGAUAAGUCGGUUGCCCGACGAGCUUCUGGUCGAUAUACUGUCUUUGCUAUCGCUGAAGGAAGCAGCACGCACUAGCGUUCUUUCGCCUCGUUGGAUCAACUUGUGGAAACACACCCACUCUCUCAAUUUUGAUGCUCGAAACGCUUUGGAGGAUAUUGUGAAAAAACACUGGAUCCGGCGCAAAUUAAUGAAAAGGGAGGGACCUAAGUACGUGAAGUGGGUGAACACCGUUCUCCAAUCACACAAAUCUCCCACCUUAAAAGAAUUCGUAAUCCGUUUUACCCUAGACGCGACGGCCAAGAACUCAAUCAAUUUGUGGCUUCAGUUCGCAUUUGCCACUCGACAAGUCGAGAGGUUAGAAUUGGACCUUCUAUGUUAUUUCGGAUCUGGCUUGCAAUACUGGCUUGCAAUACUGUUUCCCUGAAGAGUUCCUUCCUCUAAGCAAUUGCGCAACGCCUAAAUUGCAAACCCCUUCGAACAUUUUUUGGAUCCAUCGCCCUCUUGUGCCUGAAAACUUCAAGUCCCUCAAAGAUUUGUCUUUUAAAAGUGUCAAUUUGAGUGGUGCAGCUAUCGAGUUCUUUUUGCACAACUGCCCGUUACUUGAACGAUUGGUUGUCCAUCGAUCUCGUAAAAUAUCAAGUCUCGAAGUUUGUGGUCCAUCUCUUAGGUUAAAACAUUUGGAGUUAAUCGAUUGCUAUGAUUUUAAAACACUUAAAGUUUCCUUGCCAAAUCUUACCUCACUACUCGUUACGAUAAUAGACAUACUAUUGCUUGAGUAUGUUCCAAUGUUAGUUGAGGUGUCUGUUAGUUGUGACGAUGACGGUGCUACUCCGAAACGAUUCAUUUCUGCACUGCCUAGCUGCAUUUCUCAAUUGCAAACUCUUCGCUUGGAGUUGUAUACCACAACGGUUAGACAACAAAAACUGUAGCUAUUAUUUAUGUGUGGUUUGGUUUACACGUAUGAAUUAUCUCCUUAUUUGUGGUUUGAUAUAACAGGAAACAAAAGAGAUCUACAAGCUUCCUGAAAUGCCUAAACUGAAGAAGUUGGUCGUUUUGUUUUUCGCGGACGGUGGUGAAAAUAUUUUUAAAAUGACUGCUUUGAUAAGGGCGUCUCCUUCCUUAGAGGAAUUUGAAUUAAAGGUUGGUUUUCUACCAAAUUGGUAUUAUUCUGAUUUGAAUUAGAGCACUAUAAGAUUUUUUCGUCAUAUGCAGUACGAAUGGGGUCGUCUUCCGAGAAAAGAUAGAGAAAUCAAGGAUUCAAUAACAAGUUCUCCCCACCAUCACCUUAAAAGCUUCAAAUACUCUGGCUAUUAUGGUCGACACUGUGACGUUGCAUUACUUGGCUACGUUUUGGAGAACUGCUUUGCGCUCGAGAAAAUAAUAAUCGAUCCCUCUGGUUCAUAUGGCCUUGAUAAAUUGAAUAUGGAACAAAUUGGAAGGAAGAACGCAAAGCAACAGCUUGAACCACAAAUACCUGAGCAUGUUAAAUUAGUUAUUCUCUAGCUUAAAAAACUCCUAGGAAUCGCAGUAUUAAACUAUCUGUUUUGUUGUUAAAAUUUUAACUUAAACAAUGUACGGAUUUUGCUGCAUUCAAUUAGAUUGUGGAAACACUAAUAAUUUACUGUUUU